UGGAGGAAGGGACUUCUGCUGAUGCUCACUGGGGUAUGCAUGGUGGCCUUACGUGCCUGUGAUGUGACAUUUAUAAAGGCUGUGGCAGUGCUCCAGCUGACGUCCUGAAGCUUGUGAGCAGGCUGUGUGAUAAUAAAAGGUGCUAGCAAAAUAAUUGUGAGUGCAGCUGUAGCGUCACUCCAACAGUGACAGCUUUGGCCUCUAUAUCGUGUGUAAGUAAGUCCAAGCCAAAAUCCAUUGAUUACUAGUAAUGAUGUUUGUGUUUGACUUGCAGUGUGAACAGUUCACCCUGGGCUUUUCCCAGCUCAUGUUUCUACAAUAAAAUUUCCAAGUGUAGUUUUAUUACUGUUGUGACCAGCAGAAUGGACUCCUGCUCCUUUCCCAUAUGGUAGAACUAGGGCAGAGCUAGGGAUUGCGUCAAGCUGUGACCUUCCUCCACCCCAAAACAGACCGAGUUAAAUGUAAAAGGGAAACUUCCCUACUGGUAACCUUGGGGCAGGUCACUUGGUUCAUGGCCAGAGGCUCAGGGGCACGGCAGCUGCUGUCCUGUUGUGCCCACAACCUGGCAUAUGGAGGUGCCUUCAUCUCUGCCGGUUCUCCUGGAUGUUCAGCCGCUGCUUUGCUGAGCUGCCCUUGCAGGGAGGACAGGAGCUGGUUUGCAGGCAGAUAUCAGAGGUGGCUGUAGUGGCAUGCAGGAGGUGGGACAGGAAUGUGGAUGGGGGGAAGGACAGGCAGUAUAAGCUGCUGCUGCCAGUCUGGAUGCGUCCUGACCUGCCCUAUGCAGGGGCACGUUCUUACUUUCAUCUUUGCUGCCACUAUCUGUGAGCUCCUCUCUCCACAGGGAAACAGCAGUGGUUACUAGCCAUCGACUGGCACAGUCCUUGUCUGGAAGCUGUACGAAAGGCCCUGCUGCUUCCUUCUGCAGCCACUGCUUCCAGUGCACCCCUGUUCUGUACUGGCUCAGCUGCUUCUGCGGCUCCAUGGCAAAACUGUUCCGGAGAGGGGCAAGUAGCACAUUCUCCCUUUGGCACUGCAGGGCUGGGGUCUGGCCCCGGCUGAGCAGGCACUGGCAGCUAAUGCUGUGCUGUGGCCAGACCUCCAGCCUGGCAGCCAUGACUGCUGGCAGUACCCCCAUGUCUGUCCUGGUCGUGUCUGUGCCACCAUUGUUACUUACUGCAGAGCAGGGUCACACAGGGCUUCUGCUGGCCUACUCAUGCCUGUGUCUAAGCCAGCUGUAGGAUUUGUGUCCCUUGCUAGAGCUUCAUUAGUCCAAAUCACUUUUAUUUUUAUAGCUGGAUGAUCCACUGAUAGCUGUAAAGCCAGGUGGAGAUGAGGCAAAGGUGGCUUUCACUGCAGGCUGGUUUUGCAAGGUCACUCGCAGUGGGGCGAGAGCACUGGCAAUGGCCAAGCCGGCAGCACGCAUGGUGAUGCUGCAGUGAGAGUCCCCUCUAGGCAGGGAUGUUGGGGACAUUCACCUCCUUGUAUUUUUAUUUUGCUUUUUCACAUCUGCGUUUGCUGGUGUGCUAGGGUCACUUUGUGGUUUGAGCACGCUUGCAACCUGGGUACAUCUGAGGGGAUGGUGUGUGGAAGCCAAGCUUUGCUCACUUGUUUACUGGGAGAAACUUGGGCUGGGCAGCGGUGGCAGGUGAGCCACAGCCUCUUCACUCUGUGCUGAUAGCUCUGAAUGUCACAACACAGCCAGGUUUGCUGCUGGGCACAGGUUGGGUGGUAAUCAGGUAGCAUGGUACAGUUUGGUUGUGUAUGGUGCAUGGAAUUCCCUUCCCUGGGGCUUGGAGCUCACAGAGGGAAGGAGCCACCCCCCGUCUUUGGGAGUGCUCAGUGUGACUGUACAAGUGCUAACAUGUAGUGCAGCCAUUGGGCAUGGAGUGGACUGACCCCUUCCAUGCUUGUUUGCAGAGUUUGGCAGGGCAGCAGCUCUCCUUGAGGACGUACAGCUCCUAAGGGAUCCUGUGUGGGAUGUUCCCACCUUGUACAGCCUCUGUUUGGGAUGCUGUUGCCCUGAUGAGUGCUGGAGACUGGAGCCUGAUUCACAGGCUGAGGAGGCAGAGUGUAGGUCUGUGUGGGUGUUGGUCUGUCUGACCCAGUCCUGUGGUGGGUGUGAGCUGCUGUCGUGGUGCUACAGAGCCACGCUGGGGACGCCUAGCUACACUUUAAGUGCUGCAGCAGAGGCUGCAUUUUCAGGUCAGUAAAGAUGCUGCUGUAGGUGACUUGACUCGCCCGUGCCUCAUGUGCUAUGGGUCUACAUGGCCUCUGCAGGACCGGAAUGUGCUAAUCUGGGCCCCAAACAGGAGAAGAGUGUUGAGCUCAAGUCAGGCACCCUUCUGGCAGGGAGAGCUCAGUCUCACCAGGCCUGGCACCUUGCUCAGCAGCAGGCAAAGCCCAUCUGGAAUUUAGAGAAGUAUGUGAGUGCUUUCCAGGAUCACAGCCUGCUGCCCUCAGGGAUCCCUCUGCAGCAAUCCUGCUUCUUGUGCCCACCAUCGCUAUGCCAUGCACACCCUGCUGAAGACACCCUCACGAACCUGCCCUUGGCCCAGCCCUGCCUGGACCUGGGUGGGAGUGCUCUGCUCUACCGACACUCCUGCCUCAGACCCAAGCCCUACGGGUUUCCUUUCCGAAGCCUUCCAGACACUAGUUUUGCCACAGGAAGAGUGAUGUCUUCCUUGCUGAUGGAGCCCUGCCGGCUGCCUGCGCUGGUGGAGGAGCACUCUGGGACUGGUAUCAAAGGCUCUGCCCUCAGCUCAGGUCAGCAGGCUUCCAGCUCCUGUAGACCGGUGCCCAAUAACAACUCCUUCCUACAGCCAAGCAGUGCUAAAGUGCCUUUGCUGCAGUCACUGGAGAUCAAGAAGGUAAAAAACACCCACAGUUUCCCCACUGCCUCGUGGCCCCACUCCAGGGAUGAUGAAGGCAUCUCCUCCAGGAACUUCAUCAGUGGAGCAGUGAAAAGCAAUGACCUUGUGUUGGAGCAAACCACAGUCUCCUCCCUCAGCCUUGUGCCCAGCAGUGCGAUCCUCAGGAAGGACUGUUUGCAGGAGGACACUGAGAGGCGAGCGUGCCGCUUAAAAGAGAAGGAGGCAGAGAUCAGCCUCACAGAGGCCGUGCAGCAGCUGGCCGGACAGACUGCCACAUGCAACAGCUUUGGAUGCGAAGUUGAAAGCUCCGGCCCUACAAAUGCAGGCAGCCUGUCCAACUGGAACGGCAGGUGGAGGCAGCCCGUCAUAGCACAGGUCACCCGGAAAGAAACCAUCACUCCUCUGAACUUGGAGCUGAGUAGCCAUCGCCUUAACAGCAACUCGAGCCUUAUAGGCACUGAUGGUGCCGUUGUCCGUACUGAGUGUAUCAGUGUCCCUCACUUGGCCUCGCGUGCUGGCUCUCCCAACUGCGACGCUGACUGCCGGCUUGUGAGCAUGCUGAGCCCGUGUGGUGAGGACUGGGUAGUAAGACCAGAGCCUCCACACCUUGCCACCGUCUCUGAAGUGACAACUCAAAUAUCCACUAUCCAACUGGAGAAAGAGGAGAAAUGGACCCAGGCUGUGCUCCCGGGAAAGCUUGAUGUCACUGCUGAGCAUUUGCCACUGGAGCUGAGCCAUCCCCAGGAUGAAGUGGAGGAAGAACUUCCUGAUGGCCUGGAUGAGAGCUGCAGUCAGGAGGAUGAUGAGGACAGUGACUCUGAUGCUUCCUCUGUGGCUGGUGUGUCAUCUGUGACUUUUGUAUCCAGGAACUGCACUGAGUGCCUGACCCAGCCCACUGAGGCUCAGGAGAAAGUCCUCAAACCAGCUCUUGUCUGCAGUUUAUUCCCUAAUGUGCCUCCAACUAUCUACUUCGGUACUCGGGAUGAGAGAGUGGAAAAGCUGCCUUGGGAACAGAGGAAGCUGCUGCGAUGGAAAAUGUGCACAGUCACACCAAACAUAGUGAAGCAAACCGUUGGCAGGUCCCACUUCAGAAUCAGCAAAAAAAGCAAUGACUGGCUGGGUUGCUGGGGCCACCACAUGAAAUCCCCCAGCUUCAGAGCCAUCAGAGAGCACCAGAAGCUAAACCACUUCCCUGGUUCAUUUCAAAUUGGGAGGAAGGACCGUCUGUGGCGCAACCUGUUGAAGAUGCAGGCUCGCUGUGGGAAGAAGGAGUUUAACUUCUUCCCCCAGUCCUUCAUCCUGCCCCAGGACAUCAAAUUACUCAGGAAAGCAUGGGAGGAAGGAGCUAGCUGCCAGAAAUGGAUUGUAAAACCACCAGCAUCAGCAAGAGGCAUUGGUAUCCAGGUCAUCCACAAAUGGAGCCAGCUUCCCAAAAGGAGACCGCUGCUGGUACAGAGAUAUCUGCACAAACCCUACCUCAUCGGCGGAAAGAAGUUUGACCUGAGGAUCUACGUUUAUGUCACCUGCUACGAUCCCCUCAGGGUCUACCUGUUCAAGGAUGGAUUGGUUCGCUUUGCUAGCUGCAAGUACUCCUCCUCGAUGAAGAGCCUCAGCAAUAAGUUUGUGCAUUUGACCAACUACAGUGUGAACAAGAAGAACACAAAGUACAAGUCCAACUCGGAUGAGACUGCUUGUCAGGGACACAAAUGGGCACUCAAAGCUCUCUGGAGUUACCUGACGCAGAAGGGAGUUAAUAGUGAAGCCAUCUGGGAGAAGAUUAAGGACAUCGUUAUCAAAACCAUCAUUGCAUCUGAGCCCUACGUGAACAGCCUGGUGAAGAUGUAUGUGCGGCGGCCGUAUUGUUGCCAUGAGCUGUUUGGGUUUGACAUCAUGCUGGAUGAAAACCUCAAGCCCUGGAUCUUAGAGGUCAACAUUUCCCCAAGUCUCCAUUCCAGCUCCCCACUGGACGUGAGCAUCAAAGGCCAGAUGAUUCGGGAUCUCCUCAACCUCGCUGGCUUUGUUCUGCCCAGCAUGGACAGCAUGGCCUCAAGACCACAGACAAGAAGUGGCUCUACCUGCAGUCUGGGCAGUGAUUUGAAGGAGAAGCCCAAGCCAGCAUCUGAGCAUUUCAUAGCAGAGAAGAUGAAGAAGGCCUAUUACUUGACGCAGAAGACACCUGACCAGGAUUUUUAUUCUUCUGUCUUGGACGUCCUGACCCCAGAUGAUGUUCGGAUCCUGGUGGAGACAGAGGAUGAGUAUUCCCGACGUGGGCAGUUCGAGCGGGUGUUCCCCACCCACAUCUCCAUGCGGUACCUGCGCUUCUUCGAGCAGCCUCGUUACUUCAACAUCCUGGUGACCCAGUGGGAGCUCAAAUACUACCUGAAUAAACACAAAGGUUUGGAGCUACUGAAGAACUGGUGUGUCAAAGGGUACCUCACUGGGGCAGGGGUGGAUUUGGCGCAGAUGUGGUCAUUGCCAAAAUCUUUCUUCCUCCAGAGGAGCAGUGUUCAGUCAAAUGGCUUCAGCAAACUGGAAAUGGGCAGACUGGGCACACUCCUCCCUUUAGCUGGUGAGGACCUCACAAGAUGCCUGGAGCCCAGCCCUACUCAGAGCUUACCUCUCAACAAGUGUACUGGUGGAGCUGAUCAGAAACCUGCGGGCUGCCUCUCAGACACUGCCCUGGUGAUUUGACCAGGCAGCUGCCGUCCCUCCCCAGGGACACCUCAACCUACCUCAAAGGAAGACAGGAGCUGGCUCCAGAGAGCAAGGACUGUGGGAGCCCACUGUGCUGCAUACUUGCUUGUGGGGUUGUUUUUAGAGUGAUGUCUUACUUGGCAAAGAGGAGAGCUGUGUGACUUCCAUUUUUAAAACAAAUGGCAAAGCCUGGGGAAGUGGGGUUUGGCCUUUGUCCUAGACUGCUCUGAAAGCUCGAUGUGGUGGUUUCUUUGCUGGGGGAGUGUGGGAGCUGUCUGAGCUUGGAGUCAGCCUGGCCUUCCUGUCCCCGAGCAGCAUGGGCUGAACCCUUGCUCACCUCUGUCUCCUUCUGCUUGUCCUGAGCCACCUGGAGCUGAGUCUGCUUCUGCCCUGCCGCAGCCUGGCCCCUGGAGAAAACUGCCCAGCCACCACCCUGCUCCUCGGGAAGGAACAGGGCUUGGGGCUUUCAGCUGACCCCUUUCAUCCUUUCUGAAUGCCUGUGCCAACAUCCUGCCCUUCCCGAGACUCGGGGCGUGGGGGGGAACCUCGGGUGUGCAUAUAACUGCACGAGAAAGACCUACCAGUGUAGCUCCGGUUUGUUGUGGGGACAGUAGGGCUGCUGGGGAGGGAGCAUCCUCUUGAGGCUAUCUGCUCUCCUGGGUGACCUGCACCAUGCAUGCAGGGACUGCAGGCUGGUGCUCUUCUGGGCUCUGCUCUCUAUUUUCCCUUUGUUUCUCAAGGAUUUCUAUUAAAGUUUGACACUCAGCUGCU